CGCCUUUCCCCGCACUCUGCGGCGGCGCGUCCCCGCCCCGGGGCCGGCCGGCGGCAAGGGGCGGAGGAUUCGCGGGGCCGGGGCCGGGUCGCUGCGGGGUCAGCCCGGCCGCCGCAGGGCCGCCAUGCCCGCCAAGUCCAAGUACAACCUGGUGGAUGACCGUCACGAUCUCCGCAUCCCCCUGCACAACGAGGACGCCUUCCAGCACGGCAUCUGCUUUGAAGCCAAGUACAUCGGGAGCCUGGAUGUGCCACGGCCAAACAGUAGGGUGGAGAUUGUGACGGCCAUGCGGCGAAUCAGGUAUGAGUUUAAAGCCAAGAACAUCAAGAAGAAGAAAGUGAGUCUAAUUGUGUCGGUGGAUGGUGUGAAGGUCAUUCUGAAGAAGAAGAAGAAGCUUCUUUCGUUGCAGAAAAAAGAGUGGCCUGGGACGAGAACAAAGAUGCUCAUCAUGCAUGAUCCCAUCUACAGGAUAUUCUAUGUGUCCCACGACUCCCAGGACCUAAAGAUCUUCAGCUACAUAGCGAGGGAUGGGUCUAGCAAUGUCUUCAGGUGCAAUGUCUUCAAAUCCAAGAAGAAGAGCCAAGCCAUGCGCAUUGUCCGGACGGUGGGGCAGGCAUUUGAGGUCUGCCACAAGCUGAGCCUGCAGCACACCCAACAUAAUGCAGAUGGACAGGAGGACGGAGACAGCAUGAGGCAUGGGAGUGAUCUGGAUGUCCCAGCCUGCCGCCUUGCUGGUGUGGAAAGGGGGGCUGCCUCAGCAGAGGAGACAGACAUUGAUGCCGUGGAGCUGCCACUGCCCGGAGCUGACAUCCUCGACUUCAGCCGCGGCGUGACUGACCUUGAUGCUGUGGGCAAGGAGGCAAGCACCUACACUGACACCAAGGGCUGCCUCCACCCUGAAGAUAUCUUGACAGCAUCGCCCAAGAUGCUGCUGCCCUCGCCUGCCCAGCUACCCGACCUGGGAAUGCCCCUCUCUGCCCACCAUCAAAUGCAACUUCUUCAGCAGCUCCUGCAGCAGCAGCAGCAGCAGACACAAGUGGCCGUGGCACAGGUCCACUUGCUGAAGGACCAGCUGGCUGCAGAGGCAUCAGCGCGGCUGGAAGCCCAGGCUCGUGUGCACCAACUCCUGCUCCAAAACAAGGACUUGCUGCAGCACAUCUCACUCCUCGUCAAACAGGUGCAGGAGCUGGAGCUGAAGCUGUCAGGGAACACCAACACAGGCUCCCAGGACAGUCUGCUGGAGAUCACCUUCCGCUCCAACAUCCUCCCUGUCCUCUGCGAUCCAACCACCCCACAGCUCGAGGACACCCACCCACCACCACUGGGCCCCAGCUCGGGCUUCCCCAGCACUCUGGGCAGCCCCAUAGGUAGGAACGACUGUCUGGUGAAGCUGGAGUGCUACCACUUUCUGCCAGAUUCGGGGCCACCUGCCCCAGAGCCAGCGCUGGGCAGCUUGGAGCUCAUCAAGUUCCGCGAGUCAGGCAUCGCCUCCGAGUACGAGUCCAACACGGACGAAAGUGAGGAUCAUGACUCCUGGUCCCAGGAGGAACCGCCACACCUGCUCCAUGUCCAGUCCAGGCAGGACCUGGGUGACAGCCUGGAGGAUGAGAUUGCAGUGUAGGGGUUAGCAGGAGGUGGUGUGGAGCAGCUGAGACCCACUGAAGCUGGGGCAGACCCUUGCUGUAGUCCUCUGACCCUGGCAGGGAUGAGACAGCCUGGAGGGAAGAGAGGACAGAGGAGAGAGCAAAAGACUUCCAGCACACAGACAGGAGGUGUGUGGAGGUGAGGAUGGAGCCAUGCCAAGAGGGUGCACCAGGCAUGCUUACUCCAGCAUGCGUGGCCUUGUGUGCUGAGCUGGAGCAUCCCUGCUUCGCAUCAGACAACGAGCUGACAGCUGCUUGUGCUACUCUCAUGGUCCCUGUCCCCUUGCAAGCUGUGUUUGAGGUCAGGAAGAAGCAAGAAUUACCUGCCAGAUUAGUCACUGCUGCUGGUGGGGACACGGUAAGGCAAAGGACUUUUUUUGUUGAGGGAACAAGAGAGCAGGUACAUGGCAGUGAGCAGGGACGAGAAUGAGUGAGGAACCAGCACGGAGUGGUAGGCAGGGACAAAGCUGCUGCAGGGGGGUCUGGUGCUCUGUGUGGUGGAGAGGGUGGGAGAUAAGGCCUGGGCCAUGCUGUCAGGGAUGGUUAGAUUUGGUAGCAGUGCACUGUCACGUGGGUUUGUGUGAGUGAGAGGUGAGGCAGCAAGGGAUGGUUAGGACGAGCUUAGGAAGGGGCGGCUGUAGGGCUGAGAUGAGGUUAUGCAGAAUGGCUGGGCACAGGCAGCUCUUGGCGGGGUAGUGAUGUCUCUGGCAAUUCAGGACAGUGUUUUUCCCUGCCUGAGGUGGGUGAAAGGUGCAUGGACAUUGCUUGCUCCUCUGCUGGGCUGUGGAGCAGAGAGGAAGGCAUGACUCAACAUGGAGCAAGGCAGGGUCAUGUUUCAAAGCCUUUCUGGUACUCUCAAAUCACUUUUUCAAGCACUUCCCUGCACCCACUGCCACUAAACGCUCUCCACUUUGCUUUAUAGACAAGCCCUCCCAUUUCCAAGCAGUUGUUUGCCCCUAGACCAGGGCUGGAGGAUGCAGUGCUAGCAUCAGCUGUGUGCAGGGAUGGGUAUGCUUGCCACCCCUCAAAGGGGAGCAAACUGCUGGUGUCUGCAGGGAUGCCUAUUCACGUAUCUGGUUUGCAUCCUCCAGAAAAGUGAAUCCAAGAUCUCAGGAUCCCCCACCAGACCCCAAGAUGCCCAUUGCUGAGAGCCACCUGUGGGGCCGUCCAAGGGAGCCUGAGCUUGUUCCUUUUCUGCAAACAUGUUUAUCAGCUGCCUGUUGCUGCAGCCUCUGAGACUGAAGGGGUAUGAACCAGAGCCCUGAUGUUCCCCUUGCUUAUUAUAGAAACACUCAACAAGGAGGUGGGGAUUGGCACAUUUAUCUUCCUCACCAUCCAUCCUCCUAUACUGCUGCUUCUCUGCUUUGUUGCUUCCUUGCUGCUCCCACAUUUGAUAGCUCUGUCUCUGCUAGAUCUGCCUGUUACUAACCACUAGCUGAGUAUUUCUCAGGCACAAGCUCUUGCUCUUCUCCAGGGCUUAGCCUGGCUGCUCAGGAAGGUCCAUCACUUCUUUCUGCCAAGGAGUGGGGUAUAGGUGAGAUCCCUGGGACUGGUACAAGCUGUGCUAUGAACCUUCCACCACAGGAGGAGGAUGGAUUCUGUGAGGAACUAGGAAGUCCUAGUGAGAAGUAAGGACAUGGUUCAGUGUCUCCAGCACUGGCCUUGUGUCCAGGGGAGUCCUUACACUAGCUACAGAGGGGAUGGAGCAGGAGUGGGUACUGGUUCAGGGUGACCUGGGAGCUCCUGUGCUCUGGCCCCUAAUACCUCUGUAUACCCUGUCUUAUGCUGCUGUGUGCCAGCCUCAGCAUCCCACUGCCACCUUGCCACAGCCAGAGAUGAAGGCAUGGAGUGGGAGGCUAGUCUCUGCCAGGAGAGAGAGUGGGAAUGGCAACAUUCAGAAAACAUGGCGCAGGCAGGGUAAGGAUGUAUGGGUGAGCUGAGAGAGGGAUUUCCAUGUGGACAGACAGAUCAUGCAGGAGGGGGGAUAGCAGGAGCUCAGCUGUACGUGCAAGGUGGACAAAGGGAGAGACUGGAAGGAGCAGCAGCAGCAGGGGGUCUCUUCCAGGCUGGGCUGCCUGGAGGCAGGCAGGGCUGCGCCAUCUCCCCAUGCCACCACUCCUGUUCAGCCCAGCUACACGGUGCAACCCAGUUGGUGCCCUGCAAGGAACUGUCAUGACCAGCUGCAGGCUUGAGCUCCUGCUCAGCACUCUGCCCACAGGGGACAGUGGCAGGUGCCCCACCGGUUGCGGGGGUGCUGCUGGAGCUGUGUGGGACCCUGCCAGCAUCUGGAGCUGGGUGGGACCCUACCAGCGUCCUGCCGGAGUGCAGCUGUACAUGUGUAAAUGAUCCCCCUCCUAACUCAGCGCUGCCUCUAAGAUGCCUCCCUAGCCUCUUUUGUUAUGGGCCUUGACUGGGGAUUUAUAGCUAUAUUUUUUGUCCUUUCUUUUCCUACAACUGUCUGUAACUAACUGUUGACUCAGUCUAUCUGUCAAUGUAAGUGCACUUAACCCUUGAGUGUUGUCAUAACUGGCUUUUGCUAAAUAAAUCUUUCUAUUUCUCAAAGCUUUCUGUUGUCUCUUCCUUCUCACUGACUGUCUUUUUCUGUAUUUCUUUCCCCCUC